AUGGCACUAGUUAAUGUAACAUCUGUUGAAGUGGGUAAAAAUCCGGCAGGUAUUACAGAUCCAUUUGAGUUCGAAAUCUCAUUUGAAUGCCUACAAAAUUUACAAGAAGAUUUAGAGUGGAAGAUUACAUAUAUAAGCUGUGCUGAAUCAAGAGAUAUGGAUCAAGAAUUAGAUUGUAUUGCACUAGGGCCAAUUACAAGAGGAGCUCUAAAAUUUGUUUUCCAUGCACCAUCACCAAAUUUUACACAUAUCCCAGCAGAAGAUAUUCAUGGUAUGGCUGUUGUAUUAAUUUUGGGGUCAUAUAGAAAUGAGGAGUUUAUUAGAAUUGGAUAUUAUGUUCAUAAUGUUUAUAUAGAUCCAAUAUUAGAAGAUAAUCCACCUGAUGUACCUAUUAUUGAAAAAUUACAAAGAAUUAUUUUAUCUGAAUCACCAAGAUUAACAAGAUUUAAUAUUUCAUGGGAUUCAAAUAGUCGAGAGGAAAUAAAAGUAGAUGAAAUACCAGAUUCCCAAUUAUCAAAUAAUGAAGAUGGUAAUAGUCAACAAUUUCAAGUAUCAAACCAAACAGAUAAUUCAAUAUUGGAUAACUUAAACUGCAAAAAUGAAUCAUCUUCAUCUAAUCAUUCAAAAUAUAGUGAUAAUAUUGUUAACUGUAAAGCUACAUAUAUAAAUGAAGAUACAAAUAACAUAGUAAAUGUAAGUCACUAA